AACUGAAGGUCUUUUCUUUGUUAUAUUUCAAUAAUUGCUAACAUUCUAAAUCAUGUCAACAUUGGUGUGGCAAAUCUUGUGACCAUCUCUCCCGGAUCAGCUCAAGAAAAACUGUAUUAUCUCCCGAAAAAAAACUGUAAAAAACAAAAAUACAAAUGCAACAAUUUACUUAAUGCAUGUACUAAAAUACAACUAAAUUAUCGUUUCUAUCUUUCUAAAAUCCAAAAAAAAAGUACUAAUACAGUAAUUCACAAUCGAUUCGGCCGUGGAAGUGGAAGGGUCAGCUCAAUUCUCCAGCGGUUAGUUUUCAAAUAAUCUGCAAACUUCUUUACUUCCAAGCUAAUCCUCUUCACCCUUCAUAUUUAUAACUUCCCAAUAAUUGAUAACCCUAAAAGUUUCAAUUUUUACUAACCCUAAUUCAGUAUAUCUAUUGCCAUGAUUUUGCACUUGUUGAAGUGUUUUCCGAGUUCAUAGUAUUGCAUGUAUUGAAGUUAAGCGAUUGCCCAAAAGCCAAAAAAAAUUCACCUUUUGGUUCUCUUGAAAUGAAAGUAACCUUGACCAAUCACACAUUCUCAACACUACUGAAUUCUUCUUUUAUAAAUCUAAGAAGACCCUUUUGUUCUGCAUCACUAUUGUCAUCAUCUGCACCCGAUUCUGUAAAACCCCAAGUUCCAAUCUUUCUGAGGCCACCCAUUUACUCAACAAAAUUGAGUGACCUCAAAAAAUGGCAUAAUUGGGCAAAAUCGGUUGCUUCUUCGAUUGGGUCAACUUUUGUGCAAUCAGAUAAUGGACCAGACUCAGAGAUUUUGUGCAGGGAGCUCAAGUGGUUUAUUGAGGAUGUUGUUGAGGAUAAACACUCACUUUUUUCCGAAAUGGGUGAUGGCAAUGAGAGGGUCAAAAUGAGGGCAGAUAUAGAGGAGUUAUACUGUUUGUGGAGGCAAAGGAUUGAAGAGAGGAAACCUUUUCAGUAUGUAGUGGGGUGUGAACAUUGGAAGGACUUGGUUUUGAGUGUUCAAGAAGGGGUUUUGAUUCCUAGACCCGAGACAGAACUUAUUGUUGAUUUGGUUUCUGAUGCUGUGUCGAAGAACGACGAUUUGAAAAGAGGGGUUUGGGCCGAUUUAGGGACCGGAAGUGGUGCUCUUGCGAUUGGCAUUGGUAGGGUUUUGGGAAAUGGUGGAAAGGUUAUUGCUUCGGAUUUAAGUCCCGUGGCUGUUGCUGUUGCUGCUUACAAUGUGCAGAGGUAUUGCUUGCAGGACAAAAUUGAACUAAGGGAAGGAUCUUGGUUGGAACCAUUGAAGGAUAUGGAAGGAAAGCUCGCAGGUCUUGUAAGCAACCCACCUUAUAUACCUAGUAAAGAUAUCUCUGGUCUACAAGCUGAAGUCGGUAAACAUGAACCUAGAGUUGCGUUAGAUGGAGGCAUUGAUGGCAUGGAUGCUCUUCUCCAUCUUUGUGAUGGGGCUGAUUUAAUGUUGAAACCCGGCGGAUUCUUCGCCUUUGAGACAAAUGGUGAGAAGCAGUGCAGAGAACUUGUUGAUUACAUGAGAAGUAAUAGAAGUGCAAGCUUAUGCAAUUUGGAAAUAAUUGCUGAUUUUGCUGGUAUUCAAAGAUUUGUAAUUGGAUUCCAUCGAUGAGUAAAUUGAAUUUCAAAAUGCUUCUUUUGUAAAGCAAUGAAUGUAUUUCCCUAGGCAACGGCAGAGGUUAAUUCUUCAAAGUAGUUGAGAUCCAAGUUAGGAGGGACAUCCAUCACUUGGGUCAUAUUAUGUUGGCUAACUUGUGAGACUAUUUUAAAUUUUUAAGUGUUUUUUGUGAAAUAAAUUAUAAAUAAGAAUUUUUAACAUAUUUUUGUUUA